GGCAGGUUUCUUUUGUUGCUGGAAACAAGGAGCAAGUUCUUUCCCCUGUCUCUGCUUCCUAAUGCCUCUCCAAAAGCUCUCAGCACUCAUUGAUGCCAUCUGCAAUCUUGUCAUCUGCAAUGAGUCCUCCCUUCGCAGUCAGCCCAUUAUCUUCAAUCCCGACUUCUUUGUGGAAAAGCUGCGCCAUGAAAAACCCGAGGUGUUCACGGAGCUGGUUGUCAGCAACAUCACCAGGCUCAUCGACCUGCCUGGGGCUGAGCUGGCCCAGCUCAUGGGAGAGGAGGACCCGAAGCUGCCUGGAGCAAACAGCACAGCCUCUGGGUUUUUUCGUUCCUUGAUGUCUUUGAAACGCAAGGAGAAAGGAGUGGUGUUUGGCUCCCCACUGACAGAAGAAGGCAUCGCACAGGUCUCCCAGUUAAUUGAGUAUCUGCACAAAAAUCUACGAGCAGAAGGUUUGUUUCGGGUGCCAGGCAACAGCAUCAGGCAACAGAUUCUAAAGGAUGCUCUGAACAGCGGUACAGAUAUUGACCUGGACUCUGGGGAGUUUCAUUCCAAUGAUGUGGCUACCUUGCUUAAGAUGUUCCUGGGAGAAUUACCAGAGCCCCUGCUGACACACAAGCACUUCCACGCCCACCUCAAAAUUGCAGACUUGAUGCUGUUUGAUGAGAAGGGGAAUAAGACCAGCACUCCAGACAAAGAGCGCCAAAUUGAAGCCCUCCAGCUGCUCUUCCUGAUCCUCCCUGCGCCCAACCGCAGCCUGCUCAAACUGCUGCUGGAUUUGCUCUACCAGACUGCCAAGAAGCAGGACAAGAACAAGAUGUCUGCCCACAAUCUCGCCCUCAUGUUUGCACCCCACAUCCUAUGGCCCAGAAACGUGACAGCAAAUGACCUGCAAGAGAAUAUCACAAAGCUAAACAACGGAGUGACCUUCAUGAUCAAACACUCGCAGAAACUCUUCAAGGCCCCACCUUAUAUCAGAGAGUGUGCUAGGCUGCAUUACCUGGGAUCCAGAGCCCACACAUCGAAGGAUGACCUGGAUUUGCUAACAUCUCCUGGUUCCAAGGAACUGCAACCCCUCAAGUCUCAGAAGCGAAGCCGUCUGGACUCCUGCCAUCAGGAAGAGACCCAGCAGCGCACAGAGGAGGCACUGAGGGAGCUCUUUCGCCAUGUACACAAUAUGCCUGACUCUGCAAAGAAGAAGAAGCUCAUCCGGCAGUUCAAUAAGCAUCCUUCAGCUCUCACUCCCAGCUCUGAUGUAGCCACACCCCCAGCACCACGACGCACUCGCUCACGCUCCUUCAGCGGCCUCAUUAAGAGGAAGGUUUUGGGAACCCCGAUAAUACAGGAGAGGAAGAGCAGAGAUACCACACCAGAGCCCAAACGAGUCAGCAAAGAGAAUGUCCAUCUGUUACAGAAAUGUGGAUCUCCAGCUCACGUGUCCCAAGGGAAACUGAAAUCAUUGGAGGGCCAAAAAGAGGAAUCCUGUAGACGCAUGCGAGCCCACCUGCUUUCCAAGGAUUCAUCAUCCCUCUGAAUUGCUUUGCACCAGCGUUGGGUGGGGAAUGCCCAGCCUCACAAGCUGUGAAUAAUGUGCUGCACUGAGCAGGCAGCGCUGCAGGCUCACGGUAGCCCUUACCAACGUGCCAGCACUCUUGAAACUGGACCUCUGCAAAGUCUGCAGAGACUUGUUUCUUUCUGUAUAUAAAUAAUAUUAUUUCAUUCAUUAUGGGGCAAACCACUAUCUAACCAAAAGCUGUUGUGCAGCAUGUCUGACCUGCUGGCUCUGGGAAGAGCUGGAGAGCUUGCUUACACAGAGACCCCUCUGUACUGCAGGGACAUGUUUGCACUCCCAGCAUUCUGUGAUGUUGUUAGACUGUGUGUUAUUUUUUUUUUUUAACUCUUUCUGCUCUGAGUUUUUAACAUAAGCUUGUUUUGUUUCCUUCCCUCUGUUAGCAGUGAGAACAAUGGACUCCAACCUUUACCUGCAUCCCAACAGUUAACCUUACCUCCUGACCUCCUUUGGAGCCAGACCCUCUGUGCUUCCUAGGACCUCUGCUUCCCAUGGGGUCCUUCUUGCCUUGCUGUUCCUGAAGGGCUGGAGUGCACAAAGUGGUACACAGCACAGGAGAGGGUCUGGGUGCCACCACUUCACAAAGAGCAUGGGGAAAGCCACUUCUGAACCACUUUGUUUCACGUUUGGCUGGAGGCAGUCCUUGCACACUGCCUUCAUGUUUCUGCAUUCCUGUGCUGCUGCUGGCUCUGCAUGUUGAGCAAGGAGAGGCUUUGCUUUGUGUUCCUCCAGGGAGGCGAAGUGGCACAGAGCUUAUAUCUGGGGACAGAAGGCUGGCAAAAGCUGUCCUGGAGCAGGGCAGCCCAGUCUUCGGAUGCUGGCAUGUCUCACACAGGCAGAAUCUGGUAGCAGCUUGCACAGUAUAGCAGCAGUACAAGAGGUGCAAGAGGGCUCCAGUCAUUUUUUAUCUGCUGCAAACGGUGCCCAAAGGCUUUGGCUCAAGGUAUUUGGCUGGCUGAUCAGGCAACUGGCUGAUCAAUCAUUAAACUGGGAGAAAGGGCUGGAGCCAGGUUCAGCUUUUUGCCCUGAGCUGCAGAAAUGAGAUGAAACCAUCUCGAGACAGGAUAAACCCCCGUCACAGCUGGCCAUUGUCAGCUGUCUUGUUAAGCUGGAGUGCUCCAGUGAGCCAAUCUUGCCAAGUACCUGUCUGCAAGCACUCUGGGGUAGGAGACACACAGGGUCACUACUGUGAAAUAAAGAUUUAAUCAGUUGAGGAACCAUCUAAACACUUCUCAGCCCUUCUUGGCGAAGCAAAUAAUCUCUGGAAUCCAAUUAUAAUUGUCUUCUAAUCUUUAAGAACCAGCAGCCGGCAGGAGUUAGAGCUCCGUCCUUGACAGCUUUUGGAGACAACUGGUGGCAGGAGGUGUGAAUCUGGGGAUGUGAGCAGGGAGUUCAGUCUGACUGGCUCAGAAUGGGGUUUUUGUGCCCUGCGCAGCUUAGCGGAGUUAUUCAUGUUUUUGUACUGCUAUUUUUUUUUAAGAGCUACAAAGCUCUGUGCUUCAUGCUGCUAUGUCCAAGGGGAUGUUCGUGGUACUUUAUCGGGAGUGCCUGUCCCCCGUCUGACCCCAGAGUGGAGGAAAUGUAAGGGGCAGAGAGACAGUAGAUAUGGGAGUUGUGAGUUCCUGGUGUUAGAAGUCUCUGUCACAGCAAAGAAAGCGCCGGUUCUUCAGGGACCAGGCAGGUGAGGAUGCUGUGAAGAAGGGCAGAGGCUGUUUGCUACGGUAACAGUAUGUGCUGUUUGGAUGUGUCUGUAAUCCAUCCCUCCAGAGGCUGAAGAUGUCUUUGUGCUCCUCUCUGAAGGGCGCAGUGUGUUUGGCUGAAUGCACUUCUGCCCCAUCUCUGCAGCCUCCUGCAGUGCAGUGUGCUGCUGGCAGAGCCCUGGGAACAUCAGCUUCCCUUUGGAACAGAGCCCGGGGUGGGGUGGCAGUGUGUGAGCAGCUGGCUCUGCUCCUGCUGCCUCUGCUCUUCCUGCAUUUAGGGCUGCUGUGCUUCUGUUCAUCCCAUCCCUUCUCUCUCCUUGCUCCUAGUGUACUCAGACGUAUCUAUAUCUCUGUUUGGAUGUUGGCUUUGCAAGGCAUUCUCAUUCCUCUGGCUAAAUACACUGCUCCUGUACAGACAAGAGGAAAGUAGCUCUGCUCUGCAGUGUCAGCCCUUAUGCUGACAGCUAUAGCUCAGCAACUGGCUUCUGGCACUGCUGAGAUUUGUUUAGCCCCAGGAAAAUACUUUCUGCAUCUCUUGCAUGCCUUCCAUUGCAGAUAGAACGGGUGCAGUCCCCAGUGAGGUCCUGGGGUCGGUGCCCUGCCUUUAGCCCAUGCUGCUCUCCUGCUCAUGCUAAGGAUGGAGGCAGCCAGCAGGGACUCAGCCCCUGGGACUCUUUGGUUGUCACAGCCCCACAUUCACAGCGCUCCACAGUCACGUCUGGAUGUGUUCAUUUAUCUGCUCUGUGCAGUGCCUCACAAGGAUGCUUCCUUCCUCCCAGAGCAGCCGCUAACUGUUCCCAGAGCCUCUCAUUGCCAAAGCAUUUUUAAUCUUUGUUCUUAUUUAUAUAUGCUAUGUAUGUACUGUUUCAGACUGCUGCCUUUCCGUGUGUUCAUGCAAAAACCCCAUAUUAAAUGCUUUUAUUUUUAA